UGUUAUUCCCAUACUGAAAUAGUUUCAAGCGUGGAAAUGAAACAAAGUAAGACAGUUUACGAAUUUACAAAAAGCUAUCCAGCUCUUCUGGGAUAUAAAUGAUGGAACCCGCAGAAAAAAGGAAGUCUCAUAUAAGCCCUUCAGAAAACAACAUUGAAGACACCCAUUUGCUUGAUAAAUAUUAUUUGAAUUCAAUAAAAUCCCUAAUGAAAGAUUCAGCAGUGGCGAAACAUCACAAGACUUUAGAAGAAGUCCAGAAGUAUAUAGCGCAAGUAUGUGAAAGAGAAAGAAAAUGGUCAAAGAAGUGCAGCUUAUUGCAAUCGCAGCUAAUGGAAAAUGAAUCAAAGGUCAAGGCUGCUAUAAGGCUCUCAGAAGAAGACAAAAAUAUCAUAGACACACUGAAGAAUGAGUUGGAAAAAGCUUGGAAAAGACUAGAAUUGAAAAGUGCGAAAGAACGACUUCACUCGAACGAUGAGAUACCAAGGAAAGGAAGCAAAAACCCAGGACAAGAGAAAAGCACUCAAACAAAAAUUAGUUUUAGAAAUGAUUCCAGUAUUGAAAAAAUACAAGAAGAGUGGAAAUCAGAAAAACGAAUACUGGAAGAUGAAUUAAUAAAGUAUAAGAAAUUGCUGGAGGAGAACGCGUUAGAAUCAGAAAUUUUAAAGAAGGAUAACGAGUACUAUAAGGAAUCAAUUAACGAGUUCAAAUCCUUGAUAAUUGCUAAAGAUGAAGUUAUUCAACAAAAUAUUGCUGAGCUUAAGCGUUUUGAAGAAUUGCAGUCUAUUCAUAAGAUGGAGGAAAAAGAAAAAGAAAAGCUCAUAGCUGAGAUUGAAAGCAAUAAAUUACAAAUAUUUGAACUGGAAGAGGAAUUGGCCAAUAAAGAUAAAUACGUCGAAGAGCUUUUGGUUGCAGUUAAGCAGAAGUCGGUUGAAAGUAGAAUAAUUGAACUGAAACACGAACAAGACACGGACUAUUCCGAAAAUAGUAAAUGUAAUUCGAAUGCCACACUUCUCAAAAAAUUUACAGCAGAAAAUGGAAAUUUAAAGCGAAGAUUGAAAGAACUUACAUCUCAAUAUCGUGCUCAUGAAUUGCAUUUGGAACAACUGAAGAAAGAUAACAUGAAGUUACAAAAUUCUCUGACUGAUGCUGAGAGAAAGACUAAGCUAAUUGAGGAAGCUUUAAAUGAGAAGGCUGGAACAUGCAUACAUUUGGUAUCUCUGCUGUCCCAGAAAGAUAAAGAAAUUGAAAAACUAAAAAUAGUUCUACGAGACACUGACAAAUUGAAAGAUCGAUAUGUCAACAAUAUAGGUCUUUUAGAAAAGAAAUUGCACGAUAUGAAGUUGGCAACAUUUGAGUGUAACAGUUAUAAAGAGAGCAUUAAUAGUCUAAAUAAUGAGGGACUCCAGAAGUCAUAAUCAUCGAAUCAUGGUUAAAAAAACCAUGAUUCGAUUCACCAUCGAAUCGAAUCAUGUUUUUGAAUGAAUGAAAUUUGUUCACGAAUCAUGAAUGAAAUUUGUUCACCAUCGAAUCAUGGUUAAAAAAACCAUGAUUCGAUGUAAAACCAUGAUUUACAAAACUUGUUACAGAUAAAAUGACUGAAAGGAGAGAGUAAUACUCAGCCAAAGUGUAUAUUAUAUACAAAGUCUAUUUCCAUUGGUUCCAUUUUCAACUACAAAAUGGAGAAGUAGACUUCCCAUAGCAAAUUGUGAAAAAAUUGUAUUGAUAUGAAAUAAAAUAUAAACAGUUACACUUAGGAUCUUUGACACAGUGCGGUACAAAAGAUCUUUAUUUUUUUUAGAAACCUGAAACAUAUUUCAUCAAAAUUUCAGUCAACAAUCAGUCAACCCACGAAGUUUGAAGAUAACUUAUUUACGAAAGUUUUAAGCUUAUUACACGUACAAGGUGCUUGAAAAAAAAAAAGAGGAAAUAUUUACAUUCCUAAAUAUUGAAUCUAAAUAUACACUUCCGUUUACAAAGUUUCUCAAAAAAAGGUAGGGAAUAUCAGGAAAACAAUGCUAAAAUUGUAGGCUCGAAGGUUCUGUAAACAUAAAAUCAGGUCUUUAUAAGUCCUUGAGAGCAAAAAAUUCUAGUUAGCAAAAUAUUACUAGUUAGUCAAAUAUAAUCAAAUAUAAAAUGUUAGUCUAGUUAGUCAAAUAUCAAAUGACCCAUACACACUAAAAUUACGUAGAGAUAUUAGAAAUACGUCACAUUUUAUACCAAAAUGAAAUGUUACUCAAAAAAGGAAACAACUGGAAAACAGAAAUUGCUCUUUUUAGUAAUUAUAGUUUCAGUACUGGAUAAAACACCAGUUAUUAAACUCAUAGUUCCCGAAAAAAUGUUAUUGCGAAUUUUGUGUGUGAAUGUUUUGCAUUUAACUAAACAAAGCAAAAUAAAUAUGCUAAUAAUUACAAUUUUUGCUCAAUGCGAACUACAUAAGAAGGUAAAUUUUGUUUAGUUGAUGAAUUCUCACUUCCAGUACUGAAGAAGCUCUCAUAAAAUUAUAUGUUUUCUUUUGAAAAACUUGGUAAUUGGAAGUACAGGUCUAAGAUAGGACCUUACGGGGAAAUUAUGGAAUGGAUUUAUGGAUUAGUCACCUUUUUCUAAUCUACAUGCAAACAAUUUCAUUUGGAAUUAACUGUAAAGCAAAUGGAGUUACGCAAUUUGUAUUCUGGUCCCUCUAGUUAAGGUAAUAAAGUUAUUACACAAUAGGUUUAUAUUUUAUUUAGCGUACU